AUGGCAUCGGAUGGCAAUUCUUCCAUAGAUGUUAUCAACGAUGAGAAUAUAAAAGAAGUGAAAGGGACCAUAAAAAAUAAUAAAGUGAUUAAACCUCAAUCUAAUAAGAAAACUAAGAAAUCAACUACGACGGCUAAUUCUCAGAAACGACAACGAAAAAUUUCUGAUUUCCAAAAUGUUAAAACAGUUCAUAAAGCUAUCAGAACAAAUGCUCAUCUACUUCCAAAUAAGAUUAAAGGAAGAGCAACUGAUAGUAAAAGUCAGAAAAAUGCUAAGUCUAGAGGGAAAAAUUCCGCCAAUGAUGAUAAUGACGAAAACGAUGAUGAUGAUAGUGAUUCUCCAAACGGUAAAAAGGAUGAGAAGGUUGAUAUUACCAUGAAGAAUGAACUAUUUCAUUUCCAUAACAUAUUGCAACCAGACUUUGAGAAAUUAAAUCUAAAGGAUUCAGUUUGGUCAUCUAAUGUAGCAUUAAAUAGUUCAGAUUUCUUGACAGCUGACAAAAGUUUGCAUAAUAAAAUGAUGAAAGAAAUAGAUAAUCCGAAUCAAACUAAAGAACAGGAUAAUUAUUUAUCAUUCCUGAAAAAUAUGAAGUCAGUAAGUUAUGCAGGUGAUAUCGUAAAAAUAAUGUCAUUUAUUAACAAAUUUUACAAUGUUUUUGAUCCAGAGCUAUUGGAUAUAUCAUAUCAAGAUUUUGAAAUUGGAUUGGAUUUAUAUCCAGAGGCAACUGAUAACGACGGCCAAGAAAUAAAAAAAUAUUCUGAUUACAUUGAUACCAAGAUUAUUAUUGAAUGUGAAGAUAAAAUGAACUUGAUCUUUUUAACAACUUUAAAAUUAUUGUUGGUCAAUCUAAAAACUGACAACCAGCUAGACUUGCAUAGACCAUAUGCAUCCUUUGCCAAUUUGAAGACUAAAGAAGUGUUCACUAAGCUAGUUAGGGGUAUGCGUCAAAACGCUUUGAAUUGGGGAUUACCUAAAGAGUGGAGAGAAUUUAUUGAUAGUGAUAAAAAUAUUCUCGAUAAAAACGAUCCAGAUGAAUCUGACUUAAAAAACAAUUCGUCUAACGAUAAUUUGAAUGACAGCUUAGAAACUGAUCCAACUUCUGAAAUUAUCAAUAUCCCAUUAUUUAAUAUGCAAUUAGGAAAAACUGGUAUAUUUGCUAUUGAGCCAAAAGAUAGAAUUAUCCUAUUAAAAACACUAGUGAAUUGGUGUAUCUCCUAUUCGACGAGAAUACACAAUGAAAUCUAUAGACUAUCGCAUAUUAAAGAAUCAGAGUUUGGUUUAAAUACUCAGCAUGUCAGCAGAUUAAUGUUAGAAGGUUACGAUUUGACUACUGCACAAUUUUACAAACUGUGUAAAUUGGUGGAAUUAAGGUAUGAGAAUAAAUUAAAAAGAAUCAAAUCAAGAAAACCAAUGACGGAAGAAAAGCAGCAGGAAUUCGAUAACAAAUUGAAGAUAUUAAAGGAAAUCCAAAAACAAGUUGAAAAAUCCCCAAAGGAAGAUCAAGUUUCAACAAAUAUAUCAUUUUAUAAUGAAUGGCUCGAAAUAUUUGCCGGGGAUUUUCAAUCAAAUCCUUUAAGUGAUCCGUUUGAGGACAGUAAUAGACUGAGGUCACAGGAGUUCUUUAUUGGUCGUUUACCGCAGCUCGGAGAUUUUUAUCUUCCUAUCCUUUCUACAUAUUAUGAUCCGAAAGGUACGAUUCCACCAUAUACAGGUGCUAGAGAACUUCAUAACUAUUUCAAAAAAUUCUCCACUAAUAAUCAAAAUAGCUUGUCUAAGUUCAAAAACAUAGAAAAGAUUCAAGUUCCACAGUUCAAGAUUUUAUUUUGUAAUACUUCUGCAAUUGUUCAAGAUUCGUCGAAAAUAGAAGCAAAUACCUCUAUUGGAAGUUAUUGGUACGAAGUGUGCCAUGAUGUAAAAUCAUUGGAGAUUUUCAUUGAGAAUAUUAGUAAUUCUAUCGAGAAUAUCUCUAAGGAAAUAGUUAAGAAUAAAGAGAAAGAAGAUGUUAGUGAAAAUUGUCUCUUCUAUGCCAAACUAGAAAUUUUUAGGGAUUUUCUAAAAAACAUUCAUUCUGUUUUUGAUACUAUUGAAACCAGAAAAGUUGAAUACGAUGAUAUUUCAUCAACAUCAAGGUCGUUAAGAAGCUCAAAAAGAGGAAGAGUUAACUAUUAUGAUGAAGAUAAAGAUUCUGCUGGUGACAAUGAGAAGGAAGAUGAGAAUUAUGCAGAUGAGGAUAACCUUGAGGAACAAGGUGAUGAAGAUGAUGAAGAUGAUGAAGGUUUACAAAAUUCUGAAGUUUAUGUAAAAGAGUCGAGGAGUGAGAGAAUGUUAAGAAGAAAUAAGAAUAGACGUAAGUAA